AUGGUCAUGGAGACUAGGAAGAGGAAAGCCGACCAGGCCUUGGCCUGUCGCGGCUCACGUCCCCGCCACGGCAAGAAGGAGCGUCCCGCUUCUCGGCCAGCAGAUUGGAGGGACUGGGCGGCGCUGCCCGGCACCGCCCUGCGUGCGAUCCUAGAGCGGCUUCAAACCGACGUCCUCCGCGGGACGGGGCCGGUGCUGGCGUGCGCGUCGUGGCGGCGGGCGGCCGUCGAGGACCCGCUUCUGUGGCGGCGCAUCGACCUCGCCUCCGACGAGGACGGGGACGAGGACGCUGCGGCGGGGUGGCGGGCGAUGGCGCGCGCCGCCGUGGACCGCAGCGCCGGCCGGUGCGAGUCCUUCCGCGGCCGCGUCAACGGCGACUUCCUCGUCUACCUCGCCGACAAGAAGCUGACCCUUCUGGAGCAGCUCGUGGUGGCGGGAGGCUACUUCGACCACGCUAUGCUGUGCGCGGUCCUCGACCACUGCCCGCGUCUCCGGCUGCUCGACGCCGGCGGCUGCUACACCUUGGAAGCAACGGGAAAAAGGCUCGUGGCCAGGUGCGAGAGCAGGAUCCGGGACCUCCGGCUGCCGCGCUGGUCGACCGGUGGCGGAUGCUCCUGCUGCAGAGAAAUGGCUCAAGAGUACGCAGACGAACAUGAUGAAUGA